CAAUAACGGCGAGCGGCAGUGUGGAGAAUGACAGACAUGGAGUACCGUCGCUAACAUCUGUUUACCUGCGCGGGUUGCCUGCUCUUUCUCAGCACGGUAGCUGCUUUGGUGGUUGUUCACCACAGCCAGAAAUAAUGAUGCGCUUUAUGCUGCUAUUCAGCAGGCAGGGGAAGCUGCGCCUGCAAAAGUGGUACACAGCAACAGCUGAGCGUGAUAAGAAGAAGAUGGUGAGGGAGCUAAUGCAGAUUGUACUGGCCCGGAAACCAAAAAUGUGCAGCUUUCUCGAAUGGAGAGACCUCAAGAUUGUCUAUAAAAGGUACGCAAGUUUGUAUUUCUGUUGUGCGAUCGAGGAGCAGGACAACGAACUGAUCACGCUGGAGAUCAUUCAUCGCUUUGUUGAGCUGCUGGAUAAAUACUUCGGCAGUGUGUGUGAACUGGACAUUAUCUUUAACUUCGAGAAGGCCUACUUCAUCCUGGAUGAGUUCCUCAUGGGAGGGGAGAUUCAGGACACAUCAAAGAAGAGUGUCCUCAAAGCCAUCGAGCAGGCAGACAUGCUGCAGGAGGAAGACGAGCCACCUCGCAGUGUACUGGAGGAGAUGGGCCUGGCGUAGUUCAACUCUGCUAUGAGACACUCAAAGCCUGGGGUUGGGCUCAAGGGGCGCGGCUUCUAUGACUGACAGCACUGCUUUCUCUCCAGUGCAGCGUGACCCUGACUGGUCUGCCUGUCUUGUUGUGUGUGUGUGUGUGUGUGAUUUAAGUGUGGGGUGCUGGGAGGGGUUACAUUGUGUGUGUGAAGAGUGCAGCAGCGAACUUAUCGACUGGUGGGAGAGUUUGUACCAACACUAAAGCCGAGAUUUUUGCUACUUGAUUGUUAUAAAAACCUUCGAUAGUAAGAAGAACAAAUUCACAGUUUGUUCUUCAUGUAUAUUUUUUGUAAAGUCAAGAAUUUUGAUGGAAAGAAAGACCAAAACACACAAUUUAUUACCUUGUGAUUCAGACGUGACUUAAACUUUAGCUGUUACUUUAUGAUGGUGAGAAUCUACUGUUUCCUGUUCCUUUGAGCUUCUUCAUUCCUGGAUCUCUAAGAUUUAGCUGAAGGCAAAUUAUUUAAUAUUUAGGAUUUGCAUAAAACACCUGAGCCACAGUGAAAUGUAGAAUGUCAUCUGCUAUUGUGUUUUUUGUACUGUUGCAUCAAUAUUUAUAUUCAGGAAGAUGCAAUAAUAUUUAAAAAAUGUAUCUUUAUCAUAAAGCUGUGAGAGGCAUCUGAUAGACAUGAAUAUUUCUGAUGUAAAUUCACUCAUUCACACGUUUAACAAAAGGAGGGACCUGCUGACAGCCUGUUUCAACUGUCUGUGAAAUCUGCUUGUACAAGAGCGCUUCCGAAUGUCUCUUUAUGAGACUAUAAGUUGAAAAAGGGGAAGUAAUGUAUUCAAAGGGGUUACUGCUUUAACAAGUGUUAGUUUGGAAAGCAAAAUAGUUAUUUGAAUGGUAAUUGCAUGAAGAAAAAAAGGUGUUUUGUGUUGUGAAAGUAGGAAGGUAAAUACAUCUGGUGAAAAUGUAAUAUUGAAGGAGGACACAAGUAGAAACCAGAAAACUAUAAUUCUGAAAUUAUUUAUCAUUUUUUUCAUUAAAAGGGAAAUGUGUGCAAAAAUACAGGGAAAAUGUUUGCAAAAAUAUAUAAAAAAGUGAGUUGAAUGCAGAUGUUGGCAGAAGAAAAACUAGUUUAAAGAUCCAAUCUUUGAAUAAGGAGGAGGAAAUUGUGAAUAAAAUAUGCAAUGAAUGGGUUCACUAAGUGGAGUGCUAAAUUGAAGAUCUGGUCAGACGUGGUAGCUGGAAUUUAUACUGUAAUAUGAAUAUGUUUUUGUUGUACUGUCGUUGUAAUAUCGCCGACCGGCAGACGCUGCUUUCCUGUUUCCUCACUGGGUCCUCACUGGGUGGUGCACAUGCUGCUAGUGAAACACACUUUUUGUUGCCUUCACGCAAGCACUGGGUCAUCUCCAAACUGAAUGCAAGUCCAUCAUCAGUUUCCAUUCACUGCUGAGUGUUAGCUCAUCGAUGGUUUGGAGGAAUUUGUCUGGCUGACUGUUCUUCUGUCUGAGGCCUUUGACGUCAGUUGGAAACUUGCGAGAGCUUCUCAGCUGGAGGCUCUUUAAUAAGCGUUGUCUUAAUGAUCUCAUGCACAUAUUUGCUAAUGAUGUGUCUGUCUGCUAUUCUCUGCUGUGGCUCAAGCUCUCUUCAGCCAGCUGGAGUACUGAAAUGGCAAGCUGUUUAUCAUUCAUACGAAGCAAGUGCUUCUGCAGAAAUGGCGGGGUGUGGAGCUCAGAGGAGGCCGACGUCACUGGAAAGGCUUCCCUGCGCUGACUGAUGUUCCACUGUCCAUAAUAAAUCCUGUGUGUCGUGGUGGUCACUGACCUUUGCUGAAUGUUGGCACAUCUUGUAAGGGCUCGCUGUGUGAUUGUUUCUAAUGUGCUGGAUGGAGAGUACUGACGUACUGUGUGUGAGCGCGCGACUGGAAAAUGUUUGCACGGACACCCGGCCGAGACGUAAUCGUUACCAACGUGUGAGAAAAAUGCUGCGUGUCCACCUGAGCAGCUGCCAGGUUGAACAGUCAAACACAAUGUGACUCUUCUCUGAUGAUGCAGAGUUUUGUCCCACGAAUAACAAAUACGGCCAUCUGAGUGAUGCCGUUGCAUUUAAUAAGGAUUCACGUUUCUGUGUUGGAAGUGUGCAGCCUCUGCUUGAUCUGGGGAACAUUUAGGGGUCAAUGUUAUCCAUUUAUCCUUGAAUAUGUCUUUUGGCUGGUUAUUGCAAUCCAGGGUUACCACGCACUUACCCUGCCCAAGAAAGGUUCCUGUGAAUUUGUCAGAUAUCACUGGAGAGAAACCACAGAGCUGCUCGUCGGAAAACAGUCCAGUCUGUAACUUGGGAAUCAGGAAAUUUGUCUUUAAUGCAUGAAGGUGGUAGCACAAAAAUGUAAUUCAGAAAUGUAAUGUUUAAAAGAAUAAGAAAUGACCUGUAGGAUUUUGCCGUUAAAAAUGUUGCAACAUAAGUUCGCUGAUGAAAUGCAUGAAAAGCAUAUAUGGAGUAAGUCAUACAAACACUAAAAUUACAAUUAUAUACAU